UACAUGGGGGUAGUUUCGUAAUUCAAGCAGAUUGUAUUGUUUGUGUAUAUCAAGCAAACUGUGCUGUUUCCUUUCCAUGUCGAAUCCUUCUUCUUCUUCUUCUUCUUCUUUGAUUCUCUCAGACAAAACAGAACAAACCCAGAAGUGAAGUGCAUUCAAACAAAGCUUUUGAUCUGUGUUUGUUUUAUAAAAAAAACCCUCUCUUUUUUUAAUCCUAUAUUUUCUUCCCAUCUCACAAAAAUUCAACCUUUUUGUUUCUUCAUUUCUUCGGCAUUUGCAUAGCCCUUUAAUGGUGGGAUAUUUUCUGUGGAAUAGGAGAAGAAAGAAAACAAGGGACAGCCUUUGUGUGUAAUUUGAAAAAUCAGAGACAGAGACAAAAGAAGAAGAUGAGGACAGACCUCGGAACUAUACAGCAAACGCUAACGCCGGACGCGGCGAGCGUUCUAAACCAAUCGAUCGCGGAAGCGACGCGUCGGAACCACGGCCAAACCACGCCGCUCCACGUGGCGACCACUCUCCUGGCUUCGCCGUCGGGAUUUCUCCGACAACGCCCCCAGCCGCUCUUGGCGGUGAAAGUGGAGCUCGAGCAGCUCAUCGUAUCGAUUCUCGAUGACCCGAGUGUGAGUCGGGUCAUGCGCGAGGCUAGUUUCUCUAGCCCCGCCGUCAAAUCCGCGAUCGAACAGUCUCUGGGUAACUCCAAUUCGUCCGGGCCCUUUAACCAGGGACCAAUCGGAUUCGGAUACCGACCCGUAUCCGGUCCGAUUACCCGGAAUCUCUACCUCAACCCCCGGCUACAGCAACCAGGAGUGGCUCAGACAAGGCUGUUGCAGAGUACCGAUGAAGUGAAACGGGUCUUGGACAUCAUGGUUCGGACAAGGAAGAGGAACCCAGUUCUCGUCGGUGAAUCGGAGCCGCAAAAUUUGGGGAAAGAGAUUCUGGGUAAGAUCGAGAGUGGGGAAAUCUGCGUUGGGUCAUUGCGGAAUUCUCAGGUGAUACAUGUCGAAAAGGAGCUGGCUUUGGAGAAGGCGCAAAUGGCGACUAGGGUUAAGGAGAUCUCCGUGUUGGUGGAGACCCGGAUGGGGAAUUCUGAUCUGGAAUGCAUCGUUCUCGAUCUGGGUGACCUGAAAUGGUUGGUGGAGCAGCAGCAUCCGCCGGCGAUCUCCGGCGGCGGAGCUGUGGCGGAGAUGGGGAAGCUUCUGGAGAGAUACGGAGGAAGGCUCUGGUUCAUUGGCACGGCGACUUGCGAGACUUAUCUUCGAUGUCAAGUGUAUUACCCAUCGAUGGAUAACGAUUGGGAUCUGCAAGCCAUUCCCAUCGCCGCCAAAUCGCCUAUAUUCCCGAGACAAAGUCCAAUGGAAUCGGUAUCUCCUGCGAGAAGUUUUCAGAUUCCUGCAAUAACAUUACAGCCGAAAAGUGUAUCCGAAAGCUUGGAUUCUGUGGAAAGAAUGAGAUGUUGUCCACAGUGUCUGCAGAAUUACAGAACCGAAGUCGGAAAACAAGAAACGGAAAGAACACCGCUUCUGCCGCAGUGGCUACAGAAACCGACCAAGGAUCAAGAACUGUCGGAGUUGGGGAAGAAAUGGAACGAGACGUGUUUACGGUUACAUCCUCGCUAUCAUCGACAACCGAAUAUGACGACGACGGCUUCCGAGAAAAUCCUUCCUUUGCCUGUCUCUCCGUUGAAGCUUCAGAACCGUGGAAACCCAAGUGAAAACACACUGCAGAUGAACUUUAGUACAGACAGAACUCCACCGGAGAGUCCCUUGGGGACAGACCUUGUUCUUGGGCGACCCAAUGGAGCUCUGUCCUCUCCUGACAAGACCCGAGAAUCGUAUACUAAUGGUGGUCCGAGAAAAGAUUCUGAAAUGCAAGAAGACUCGUCCGAUAUCGACUCAUUCAAGAAGCUACUAAAGGGCUUAGCAGAAACAGUCUGGUGGCAACACGAUGCAGCCUCUGCAGUGGCUGGGACCAUAUCUCGACACAAUCACGGAGACAGGAAACCUCGUGGCGUUUGGUCGAAGCGUAAUGAUAUCUGGUUGUUGUUCACUGGUCCGGACAGAGUCGGUAAGAACAAGAUGGUGUCUAGGUUGUCGGAUCUUAUCUCGGGAUCUCAGCCGAUAACUAUCAGUCUCGGUGUAAGGAGAGGUGACGAGGCUACCGGGCUGAGUUUCCGUGGUAAAACAACAUUAGAUAGAAUCACAGAUACCGUUAGGAAAAACCCUUCUGCUGUUAUCGUCAUAGAAGACAUGGAUGAGGCAGAUGCGAUUCUCCGAGGCAACAUAAAGCGAGCUAUGGAAAGAGGAAGAAUCUCUGAUUCUUACGGUCGUGAGAUUAGUCUAGGGAAUGUCGUAGUCAUCCUUACCACAAAUUGGUCGCCCGAAAGCUUAUCCGAAAGGUUUGAUCCGAUCGACGAAACAAAACUCGAGGGAUUGGUAAGCAAAGGAUGGCAACUGAGAUUCUCGGUUAGUAGCAAAACCCUAAAACGCAGACCGAGCUGGCUUUACAACAAUGACGAUGAUAACCACGAAAAGCCGUGCAGGCCAAGGAAAGAGAUCUCUUUCGAUCUGAACGAAGCAGCAGAGAUCGAUGAAGAGAAAGUGGGAAACGGGUCAUCGACGAAUUCUAGCGACGUAACUACCGAUCACGAUCAAGAAGAUAACUUCGGCCUCUUCCACAAGCUAUCCCUGCCUCCACAUUCUGGUUUGAGCAUAUUCGGCGAGCUAGGAGCUCUCGUGGACGAUGCCAUAUUCUUCAGACCAGUGGAUUUCGACAUUAUCAAGCGGAAAACUGCAGAAUCCUUGAAGAACCGGUUCUCGGGAAUUCUCGGGGAGAACCAAUCAAAGCUGGAAAUCGAGGAGACUGCGCUCGAGAGAAUCUCGGGUGCGAUAUGGAUCGGCGAGAUUAGCUUAGAAGAAUGGAUCGAAGAGGCGAUGGUUCCGAGCUUGAAUCGGAUGAAAUCUCGGGUUUCGAGUAGCGAAGAAUCUGUCUUUAAGCUCGAACUCGACGACGGAUUAAGCGAUCGAGUCACCGGAGAUUAUCUACCGAGAAGUAUCAGAACGUUGCUGGAUUGAUUUUGCGACGAGGGGCAGAAUCGGGAUUGUCGAGGUUUUGGGAGGAUAGAAAUGUAAAUACGUGAUGAAGUGGGGUUUUUUGGCGCGGGGAGUUCGGUAAACAGUAAAAACGGACAAACAAAAGGAAAAAGUGAAAGAAAAAACGGUUACCGACAAAGAGGCGUAGAUUAACGGUUACCUUUUCAGAUCAACGGCUGAGAUUUGAGAAUAUCUCAAUCCUUCUUUUUUGCUAUUUUCUACUCUUUCGAUAGUCUAUAAUAUUUCAUUAUUAAAUUGUAUUAUACGUAUGUCUAAAAUCGCAUAGCAUCAUAUACAAGUUAUUUACUAUAAAUAAAUAAAUAAUAAUAAGAGCUAGUUUUGAGGAUA